CUUUUCUGCGUGCGUGUGUGUUGUGGCUUUGACCCUUCUGUUCUGUCCGUAAUUAACCUAAUUUGUGACAGCGUCUCCAUAUUUUUUUUUGGGUAACCCAUCCCUGAUCUCGCUGCCUCUUCACCUUCAAACGCGAGUUUUCCUUUUUCUACACCCUCCUGUGACUCUUCGAUGACCGCUUCUUAUGCCGCCGUGUAGCCAAACCAUACCGCUUUCCAGAACAACAACGCCAGACUCAGAGAACUAUGCUUAGGCUGUAACCGUGGAACCGUCUCCAUAACUCAACCCUAUGGCGGCCAUCAUCCGGCUUUCAAAGCCGAACCACCGAAAGUUAAUUCGUUUUGCAGCCGUCUGCCUUGUAAUUGUACUCUUCAUCACAACGCUUGCCGUUCUAAGCUCCAGCAAUGGCAAAGUUGCCUCGUUCCUCCCAGAUAUACCCCAUCUUGACUACAAUCCCUUAAGUAUCCUGCGACCUGCAACAAGCGAACAAAGCGGUGCGCGACAGGGACCAAGUUUAGGCUAUCCCCUUGGUGAUUGGGAGUUCAAUGUCGAACGAGACGGCAGAAAUUUUGGGCUCAGCGACGAGCAAUGUGCCGCCGCGUUCCCUGACUACUAUCGCGAAAUCGACCGGGCUGUGACAUGGCGGAAGGAGCAGAACCUGCCGAAGAUCGAAGAGUCUCAAAUGGAUAUUUCUUGGCGAGAGGGUGGAGAGAUCAUGCGGCUUAUGAUCUAUGAUCGCAAGCUCUACAUCAUCGAGCACAGAUUUUCGGAGCAUGGCUACGACCUGCCUCGAGCACUCUCACUCCUCCACGAAAUCCACCGAGCCAUCAUCGCUUAUUCUGGUCCGCUACCCAACAUUGAGUUCUCCAUGUCUUUGGGGGACUGGCCUGGAGACCCCGACGCAAAAUGGCCCAUUUGGGUGCUUACGCGGUGGAAGGAUGAGAACGACAAAUGGGUCAUGCCUGAUUUCGGCUAUUGGAGUUGGCCUCUCGACGUAAUCGGUGACUAUUCGCAAUUUAGGACUGAUGUUCGUGAGAAUGAGGUGCCGUGGGAAGACAAACUGAAAAAGGCAGUCUGGCGAGGAGCGGUCGGCACGAACAAGCUAAGAGAGGAUUUGGUCAGGGUCUCGAAGGGUCGUAGCUGGAGUGACAUCCAUGCUGUUGAAUGGAUUAACAUGACGACGAUGGACGAUGGAUCGUUCAAACGAUCUCUAACCAUUACAGAUCAUUGCAACUACCAGUUUCUUGUUCACACAGAAGGUCACACCUACUCUGGACGAGGAAAGUAUCUCCUCAAUUGUGAAUCCGUUUCGGUCGUUCACAAACCCAACUGGAUUGAGCCCCACACCCAUCUUAUGGUCGAGUCGGGUCCUGACCAGAACAUUGUUCAGGUCGAACGCGAUUUCUCCGACAUGAACGAAAAGAUGCUUCAGUACCUCAGAAAUGAAGACCAAGCGCACGAGAUUGCCAAACGGAGCGCUGCCGUCUUCCGUGACAGGUACCUGACGCCGGCGGCACAGGCAUGCUACUGGCGAAGACUCUUCAAGGCCUGGGCAUCCGUAAGCUUUGAACCGCAGCAAUACAUUACCAUCAAGGACAAACUCGGCAAGGUCCGGCGCAAGAGUCGGGGGACGCCCUUUGAGACGUUCGUAGCUGACCUGGUCAUGCCUACCCUUCCUGGCUGAAGCAUAGCGAGAACGCGCCAGCUUAACGUGCAAUCUUGCAAUGGGAGUCUGGAUCACGAGUUUUAUUUUGCAAUAUUUUGCAGCGAGCAGGGAAAGUUUGGAAAGCAUCACCACUCUCAAAAUCGCCUGCUCAUGAUUCAGCCCAUGACUAUACCCGCCAAGUCGGGCUAAGAUGUCUUCGAUUCAACCGAACGGGUUCUUUUUGUCUUCGGCCUCGGCAUUCGGGGAGCUGGGUUAGUAAUGACGAAAACAAGGCACACUCUUAGUGCUCAUGUCAAACUCAAGCAAAGAUCUGGGGUUUGAGUGUGUCCGAGAUGAUGGCCAUCCCGUCCUGGGCGUUUUUGUUUCUGUAGCCUGCAAAUCCUAGCCCGUGGCAGAUGAGGCUGUGGCUACUAAGUACUUGGAGGUGUCACACGCGGACUUGGCAUCACGAAAUGAAGGUGAUGGGGAUACAAUUUUGUCGAAAAAGAUUCAGGAUGAGAUAAUCUUUCCUCUGCGACGAGUGUCGCGUAGCAAAUAUACUGUGGUCUAAUAUCCGUCCGAGAUAGACAAGUGAAGCGGGAUGUCGAUUUUCGCUAUUCUGCUAGUCCUCAUUCCAUUUGCCGUACUUCACUGGCACGUAUAUUCAUUUGAUAGCCAU